UAUAUGCAUUCGAGCCCUGAGUUUGUUGUCGAUGAAUUGGCAGCUGUUCAGAAUUUUACGGGGAGCGCCGGGCAAUUCCCUCAUUCAGCAUCCAACGUCUAUCAUACGAUACCCUCGCCCAUGUUUGACCAGAGCGUGUUCUCUGAUGCAGUCAGCUUUACCAAUGAUGUUUUUGUUCCUGGAUCUGCUUAUGAGGCUCUUCAUACUACCCUUCGCAACCGGCAGCUUUGGACUGCACGACCUGAUAUCCCAAGUCGGGGAAGGACUCCUGAAAUCGUGCCGGGGCCCGGCAGUACAGUGCUAGAAGGCAAUGAAAGAACGGAACUUCUUGUCGUCACUCAUCACAGAACAGGGCGCGAGUUUGAGCUACUCCCCGAACGUGAGAAUGUUCUGUGGCAGAAUUACCUUAACGAGAUAUGUCUUUGGCUUGACAUGUUUGACAAUCAUCGUCAUUUUGCUUCAACCUUCCCACAAAUGGCCAAGUCGGCGCCUCAUCUCCGCUACUCAAUUCUAGCCCUGUCCGCCCGACAGAUGGAGCGGAAGCAGAACAGGAAGUCUCAAUCCGAAAGUCUGUCGUUGUACCAAGAAGCAAUUCAUCUGCUUCUUCCUGAGCUUGAAAGCAAGAGCACUCCUGUCAUCGCCUCUUGCGUGAUUCUUUGCGUGUUAGAAAUGCUUAGCUGCAACCCCAAGGAGUGGCGGCGUCAUCUCGAUGGGUGUGCAUAUCUGAUCCAGGCUGCUGAGAUAAAUGGAUUCUCUGGUAAAGAGGAACAGGCACUAUUCUGGUGCUUCGCCAGAAUGGACGUCUGCGGUGGCCUCAUCUCGGAAGAAGAAACCAUCAUACCCAUCCGUAACUGGACUCCACGCGACAUGACCCCUGCCGAAGCUGCACAGCUGUUCCUGGCGUCAAAUAUCUAUGCUUUCGAUACAUAUGCCAAUUACACUGUGUUCCUAUGUGCGCAGACACUGGGCGUGCUGUUUGGCUCUGCUAGACUUUCCACAUACUACCACGGCAUCCUGGAAGAUGGCCACUCGUAUGUUGACCGAUGGCAACAACUGCUGCAUGAUGUGGAACAGUGGUACGAGAAUCGUCCCAGUCAGAUGAAGCCAUUAUUUAGUAUCCCGACCGCGACAGUUGGGGCGAGUAAUAAUGAUAAGCCGUUUCCGACCGUGCUUUAUGGGAAUGGAGCUGCUAUAUCCGGGAACCAACUUUAUCAUGCCUGCGCUCUUCUCUUACUCCAGGCAAAGCCAAAAACUCUUCCAAUGCAGCGACGUCGAACGAAGUCUGUCCUCUGGCAUGCACGACAGAUUUGCGCUAUUUCCGUCUCGAACACUCAUCACGGCUGCUGGACCAAUGCAUUGCAACCUCUCUGGCUGGCUGGCAAAGUGAUGUCUCACCAUUCCGAGCACGCCGCUAUUAUUCAGACGCUGACGCGAAUCGAGCGGGAGACGGGGUGGGCAACAAGCUGGCGAGCAGAAGACCUUCGAGAAUUCUGGGGAGAUGAGGAGGAAGCAGAGGAGAUGGAGGAAAAUAUGCGAGUGGACAUGCAGCGAGAUACAAAUCUGCAGACUCCACCGAGCGUCCGAGGCAGCACAUGUUCGCAUUCCACCUUGUGA